CAAAACCAUACAUUUUCAUUCCCACUACCGGUGUGUAUUUAUGAGAUGUUUUAAAUACCGAUUUAGUCUUACACAAAUCUACCCAAACACUUUAUGGAGAAAAAAAAACCCGCUUACGAUCAAAUGGUUUCUUCCAUGAUGAUAUUAACCAUCGAUGUUACAAACCAGCAAAGUGAAAGUAAAUGUAGGAGCCAUUUAAUCUCAAAGUAACUGCGUCACACUGCCAUAACAGAAACAUAGUCAGUGGAGGAGAUCAGAUGUAUCAGAUGCAACAGUGCAGCUCCAUGAGGACAGAAUGAGUCAUGUACAAAAAAUCAAAGAUGGAGAUUUUUCUCCAGGAUGCAGUUCAGUCCCGCUUGACAGAUCAGAUUCACCAGAGCCAAGCUGUGUGUCCAUGAAGAGUGACUGGUCUAUGAAUCAUCCACCCGAAUUUAAGGAUGGAGAGACACAGAUGAAUCUCAGUUCAGUCCAGCAGAAGAGAUCAGAUUCACCAGAGCCCAGCUGUGUGUCCAUGAACAGUAACUGGUCUAUGGAUCAUCCACCAGAAAUGAAGGGUGGAGACAGAAAACAGAAUCUCAGUUUAGUCCAGCAUGAGAGAUCAGAUUCACCAGAGCCCAGCUGUGUGUCCAUGAAGAGUGACUGGUCGAUGGAUCAUCCACCAGAAAUGAAGGGUGGAGACAGAAGGCAGAGUCUCAGGCGACCCAGACCAGCUGUAACAGAACCCUUCUGUAAGAAAAUGAAAUAUGAGGAGUGUAUGAAUCAACCACAAGACUUUAAUGGAAGCACUUAUCCUGGCAUCAGCCAUGAAGUCCUCAACAGGUUUAGAUCAAAUCUGAAGAAGAAGUUUGAGUGUCUGUAUGAGGGAACAGCACAGCAGGGAAACCCAACACUCCUGAAUGAGAUCUACACAGAGCUCUACAUCACAGAGAGUGAGAGUGGAGAGAUCAGUAAUGAGCAUGAGGUGAGACAGAUUGAGACACUAUCCAGGAGAGCAGCAACAGAGGACACACCGAUGCAAUGCAAUGACAUCUUUAGACCUUUACCUGGACAAGACAAACCCAUCAGAACUGUGCUGACAAAGGGAGUCGCUGGCAUUGGAAAAACAGUCUCUGUGCAGAAGUUCAUCCUGGACUGGGCUGAAGGGAAAGAGAAUCAGGACAUCCAGCUCAUAUUUCCACUUCCUUUCAGAGAGAUCAAUUUGAUGAAGGACAAAACACUCAGUCUUUCAGAUCUUCUUCAUGCCUUUUUCCCUGAAACAAAAGAAAUGGAAAUAUCCAGUGACAAAUAUAAAGUGUUGUUCAUCUUUGAUGGUCUGGACGAGUGUCGUCUUCCCUUAAACUUUCACAGGAACGAGACUCUACGGGAUCAGACCAAAGAGACAUCAGUGGACGUGCUGCUGACAAACCUCAUUGCGGGGAAUCUGCUUCCCUCUGCUCUCAUCUGGAUCACCUCCAGACCAGCAGCAGCUGAUCUCGUCCCCUCUGAGUGUGUCCAUCGAGUGACAGAGGUACGAGGCUUCAAUGAGCCACAGAAGGAGGAAUACUUCAGGAAGAGAAUCAGUGAUCAGAGUCUGGCCAAUACAAUCAUCUCACACCUGAAGUCAUCAAGGAGCCUCGACAUCAUGUGCCACAUCCCAGUGUUCUGCUGGAUCUCAGCCGCUGUUCUAGAGAAGAUGUUGAGUGAAGCAGAGAGUGGAGAGAUUCCCAAGACUCUCACUCAAAUGUACACACACUUCCUGAUCCUUCAGAUCAACAUCAAACAUGAGAAGGACUAUGAGAAGAACGUGACAGAUGCAGACAUGAUCCUCAAACUGGGGAAAGUGGCUUUUCAGCAGCUCAAGAAAGGCAAUGUGAUCUUCUAUGAGGAAGACCUGAGAGAGUGUGGCAUUGAUGUGACAGAAGCAUCAGUGUACUCAGGAUUGUGCACUCAGAUCUUCAGAGAGGAGUUUGGCUGGUAUCAGGGGAAAGUCUUCUGCUUUGUUCAUCUGAGCGUUCAGGAACAUCUAGCAGCUCUAUAUGUGCACCUCUCAUAUACAAACAACAUAAAUGUGUAUGACUAUGAACAAAAAAUUAAUAUUUGUGACCUGUAUCAGAGAGUUAUCAAUGAUGAAUUUAAACUGUUCUCUAAUUGUUUUGAGUCAAUAGAUUCAUUAUCUGAGCUGCAUCAGAGAGCUGUGAAUGAGGCUCUACAGAGUAAAAAUGGACAUCUGGACCUUUUCCUUCGUUUUCUCGUGGGUCUGUCAGUGGAGUCUCAUCAGGCUCUCUUACAGGGUCUAAAGAUACAGACACGUAGCCUCCACAACAAUCAGGAAACUGUUCAAUAUAUCAGUCAUAGGAUCAGGAAGUGUUGCUCUUCAGAGAAAUCCAUCAAUCUUUUCCACUGUUUAAAUGAACUGGGUGAUCAUUCUCUCUUGGAGGAAAUCCAACACUAUCUUAAAUCUGGUAAAAUAAAAGAAAUUGAGCUCUCCUUUUCUCAAUGGUCAGCUCUGCUUUUUUUACUGCUAAACUCAGAGCAGAAGAUGGAUGUGUUUCGUCUAAGUAGAUAUACAGGACCAAACAUGUUUCCAGAUGAAGUUCUUCUGACGCUGCUACCUGUGGUUGAAGCAUCAAGAUCAGCUCAGCUCGAUGACCGUAAUUUAACAGUGAUAAGCUUCAAUCAUCUGGCUUCAGUGCUCAGCUCAAAAUAUUCAUGUCUGAGAGAUCUGAAUUUGUCUGGGAAUUAUCUGGGAGAUAAUGGAGUAGAGCUGUUUUGUGCCGAACUAAAGAAUCCACACUGUAAACUGGAGAAACUAGAGUUGAUGUGUUGUGGAGUCACAGAUAAAGGUUGUGCUGCUCUGGCUUCAGCUCUGAUAUCUAACCCCUCACACCUGAGAGAACUCAAUUUGGAGUGGAAUAAACUGGGGAAAGGUGUGGAGCUGCUUACUGAUCUUCGGAAAAACCCAUACUAUAAACUUGAGACACUGAGGUUGAAUCAUAUGUAUGUCACAGCUGAAGGUUGUGCUGCUGUAGCUUCUGCUUUGAGAUCAAAAUCCUCACACCUGAAUCUGUGUGAGUGUAAUCUGGGGCCAUCAGGCAUGAAGCUUCUGUCUGCUGUACUCGAAAAUCCUCACUGUAAAGUGAAAACACUGGAACUAAGAUAUUGUGGUGUCGCAGAUGAAGGUUGUGCUGUUCUGGCUUCAGCUUUGAGAUCAAACCCCUCAAACCUGAGAGAACUGGAUCUGACAUGGAAUCAUCUAGGAGAUUCUGGUGUGACACUGCUCUCUGCUGGACUGGAGGAUCCUCACUGUAAACUGCAGAAAUUCAAGUUGGAGCAUUGUGCUAUCACAGAUGAAGGUUGUACUGUUCUGGCUUCAGCUUUCAGAUCAAACCCCUCAAACCUGAGAGAACUGGAUCUGACAUGGAAUCAUCUAGGAGAUUCGGGUGUGACACUGCUCUCUGCUGUACUGGAGGAUCCUCACUGUAAACUGCAGAAAUUGAAGUUGGAGCAUUGUGCUAUCACAGAUGAAGGUUGUGCUGCUCUGGCUUCAGCUCUGAGAUCAAACCCCUCACACCUGAAAGAACUGGAUCUGUCUUGGAAUGAACUAAAAGUUCCAGUGAAGCUGCUCUGUGUUGCUCUUGAAGAUUCCGAUUGUAAACUGGAAAAACUGAGGUUGAGUUAUUGUGGUCUCACAGAUGAAGGUUGUGCCACUCUGACUUCAGCUCUGAGAUCAAACCCCUCACACCUGAGAGAACUGGAUCUGACUGGGAAUAAAAUAGGAGUGCAGUUGCUUUCUGAUCUGAAGAAAGAUCCACGUUAUAAGCUAGGGCUGCAACGAUAAGUACAAUAUCCAAUACAAAUGCAUUUCCAAAUCUCCAGGACAAAACAAAGCCAAAAAUCUCAAGGUUUAACAGAAAAAUUAAAAUUAGUCCAGAUUUACAAUCAUUCUCAGCGGUAGAGGAAACACAGAUUUGAAUGAUCUGCUCAGUGUGGUUAAGCCACACUGAAACAGAAACGGAGAGCUGCACUACUACUGUGUUAGAUUUAAAUGAAUUUUUAUGAUGUAACCUUAUUUUAAAUUAGUUUUUAUACAAUGUGCAGAUAAAAUUCUCUACAGUGCUGUACUGUAAUUAUUUCAAGAAAUCAUAUGCAUAGUGUAAGAACUGUUGUGUUUAUAAAAUAAAUAGUUUCAAGACAGAUUCUUGCUGUAUCAAAAUCGUAUUGGACCAUUACCACAAAACUGAGAUGUUCCAAAGUGUGAAUUUUGUGUACCUUUGCAGCCUUAUUAUAAUCUGGACAUACUGCAGUGAGUAUAAAAAAAAAGUAAUUUCCAACAUGUUUGCAAAUUGUUUUAAAUGUGUAAAUGGGUGUAUAUAAAUAUUUUCACUUUGUGAAGGUGAUAAACGGAGACAAUUGGGUUAUAAACUUGUAUUAAUCAAAUUUGAAGUAAAUACAAUGUUUUUUUUGUUUUUUUUCUGAAUUAGAUCUAAUUUUAUGUAUCAGCAAUGAUGUCUAAUACUGCAUGUGUCAUUUUUAUAUUGUUUAGGUUUUAGAUAGCAAUGUGAUCUAUGAUUAGCUGAUGGUGAAUGAGCUCUAAUUUGAGUUCUUCCUGUGUCUCACUUAACUUUUUUUCUUUUCUCUUUUGAAAUUCAAAAAAUGCAAAGGUUGUAGGGAGAGAGAAUAUACAGUUUGUACAGUAUUAAAACCAUUAUGCCUAUGGAGAGCCUCCGUAAACUAUUAACUAAAAAAUUAACUCCUUUUGUGUUCUGAAUGGAACUGACAAUGCAUUAUUUGAAAUUUAAACUUGCAAGAAAAAAUGUCAAAAAUGACAGAAUUCCUGUGAUGCAUGUGUAUAUACAAUGGACAUUUGUUUGUAGGGUGUUCAAGUGGACAGGAUGGAACAGACAUUAUAGUGUGUUUGAUGUUCUUCACCAGCAGAGGGCCACAUAGACACUCUUUCAAAAAUCUUUCAAAAAAUCUUUUACAUAUGGUCACAUUAAAACAGUCUUUUAAACACGUCA